CCUGCCCUCACCUCAGCCUGUAACCUGCAGUGGCCUGGUCCCGGGGGCCCAUUGUGGGGAGGUUGGGAAGUUGAAGAACACUCUGGCCUCCUCCAUCAUGUCGGCCAAGAGGGCAGAACUGAAGAAAACAAACCUGGUAAAGGAGAAACGUUGCUGGCCAAUGUGGGGCCUCUUUGAACUCUCACUGGAUGGAGUUGGGGGGUACAGAGAGUCCCCAACGAACCCUCGGCUUUUCUUUCUACCUUUGAGCAUGACGGGGCCUCUCAGGCGGGAAGGAGGGUGGGGAAUGGACCCCUGGGCUUGGGGUGGGAAGGACCCCCACCAGGAAAAGGAGCACCGAAAUGCCCCACCCCUAUCCCGGCCACUCCGGAGCCAUGACCCCAGCCAGGCCCGCAUCUUACCCGCGUGUUUAAGGCACACAAGAACCUCAUCAGAUAAAGGUAAUUAUCAUCCACAAUUUACAGACGAGGAAGUGAAGGCUCAGAGAAGCUAAAUAACGUGCCUAAGUCAACACAGCUGGUAAGGAGGGCAGCUGAGACUAGAAUUCAAGUCUGUCUGUCUACCUCCAAAGUCAAUGCUCCUGAAAAAAUACUUAGACGGCUUCCUUGAGUUAUCUUAAAGUGUCCCUGCCAGCCCUCACCCCCGCCAGCUCCCCAGGGAGAGGGCUGCCUGCCGAACAGGCAGGUGUCACUCAUGAGAGGAGUAGAGCAUGAGAAAAUGUGAGUUAUCUUGGCCCAGGCGCUGGGGGUAUGUGGGCCUGAGCCUAAGCGCAGUUGGACAGGCAGGGUCGGGUGGGUGGAGGGUCCUCCCCAGUCCUGAUGCCUGGCAGCCUGAAUCCCAGCCUCCUGUCUCUGCAGAACAAGAACUACAAGGCAGUUUGCCUGGAAUUGAAGCCAGAGCUGAUCAGAGUAAGAAGCUUGUUUGAGGCCAUACCGUCAGCCAGGCCUGAGACGCAUGAGGAGACAUAUGACUACAAAGGAGCUAAACAAGAAGGGCCAUGUACCAAACCAGGAGGGACAAAGGAGCUAAAGAAUGAACUCAGGGAGGUGAGGGAAGAGCUCAAGGAAAAAAUGAAGGAGAUAAAACAGAUAAAAGAUGUAAUGGACCAGGAAUUUGAAAAACUCCAGGAAUUUGUGGAGAUUAUAAAGGAAAUGCAAAAGGAUGUGGAUGAGGAGAUGGAUGUUUUAAUAAAUAUACAGAAGAAUAGCAAGCGGAAGAGAAAGGUGGCCCAGGAAGGACCCUUACGAACAAAGUCAGACCCUGACUUGGGACUUAGCCUCUCCAGAGCCCUGGACUGCAUGGGGCACUCCCAGAGCUCCUGCAGCACGCCCCAGCCCACGCUGCCCGUCGUGGAGGCCAUGCUCCAGAGUUUUCUACCCCUCCACUCCCCGUCCACACCCCCAGGCCUGCAGCUGCCCUUCUCAGCUCCGUGUUGGCAGCUGAGUAAUCCAUUAAGCUAACACACCCUGAUAUAUGGCAGAUUGAUCCUCCCAGGGACAUGUGUAUCUUUUCAAGAUUACCCAAAUUCACCUCUGAGUGGUAGAUUCCCAGACAGUGGGCUGGAGGGACGUGACAAUUUCAGGCUGUUUGUGUCGGGGGUGGUAUUUUGAGAGAAAGGCCGGAGCACCUGCCAAGGGGUGUCUCACACAGUCUCUUAGAGGAGCUGGCAGGAGGGACUUCCAGGGCGGGGGUGGGUGCUAGUAUGGAAAGGUCAUUGGCAAUAAAAGAUUUGCAGGUCAGAGAUUAAUCUCUCUGAGCAGUUUUGAGUGCGUGCGUGUGUGUGUGUGUGUGUGUGUGUGUGUGUGUGCAUGUGUGUGAUUCCCUGUGUGUGCUGGGAGAAGGCCAGAGGGAGAAGGCCAGUUUAGGGGAAAAGGAUGGACUGCAGGGCUGGAUGCAGGAGAACCACUGAGGUAGGAGAAAGGGCCUCCCGGGGCCGGGGCCUCACUGUGGCAGCACCAGGCCUGCCUCUGCAAGGGCCACCUCCCGGGAGCAUCGCUUGGCCGAGCACACUCUACAGAUUCUGGCCGCAGAACAGAAGGCUGUGCUGCCCGCUGCCCUGCACGGUUCCCUGAUGGCCAGAGACCUGCUCAGAAAGUCCUGCCUCGGCGGCUAUGGGCGGGCUGGGGUCUGGAGGGCCUGCUGGUGGGAGGUAAGGGGACACUAAGGGGGCAGGGAGGAUGGUGACAGGACCAUUGCAAAGGCAGACUCCUCCAUCGCAGCCACGGGCCACACAGCAGGCUUAACCAGGGUGCUUCGGGCUGAAGUUGUCCUUCAGAAUGAAUCUUGGGCAUCAGGCACAUUGCUUCCUCACUUCAGCUGCUCCCGAGGCUCCCAGAGGAUCCCAAACCUGCCACUUGUUAUUCCUCUGAAAGGGUCCACUGGCUGUGCAGGAAGUGAGGUGAGGAGGGAGGAAACCUCUUUGCUCACCAGGCCUUGGUACAACAGGAAGAGGUGCGUACCUGUCCACAUGGAAGGAUUUAAAGCUGGAUUUAAAGCCCUGCCUGGUUCGUUGUGGAAAUGUUUCCCCAGUUCUACCUCUCAAAGUCCCAGCCAUCAAUGGUGACAGAGGUCAAACUAGAGGUUCAGUCAGGGGAGGGUUCUAGAGUGCUGAUAACAUCCUAUUUCUUAAUCUGGGUGGUGGCGAUAUGGGUGUGUGCUAUGUAUAAAAAUUUAUGCAUCAAACUGCAGAUGUUAGAUGGUGCAGCUGCUUUGGAAGACAGUUCGGCAGUUCCUCAAAAAUUUAAUGGAGUUACCAUUAUGACCCAGCAGUUCCACUCCUAGGUAUACACCCCAAAGAAUCGAAAAUAUGUGCUACACAGAAAACGUGUGUGUGAGUGUUUAUAGCAGCAUUACUCAUAACAGCUAAAAGAGAGAAAUAACCCAAAUGUCUAUCAGCUGGUGAUGAAUGACAAACAAAAUGUGACCCAGCCAUACCAUGGUAUAUUACUCAACCAUAAAAAGGAAUGAUGUACUGAUACAUGCUACAGCAUGAAUGGUCCUUGAAAACAUUAUGCUUAGUGAAAGAAGCCAGUCACAAAAGACUAUAUAUAUAAUAGUAUGAUUUUAUUAAUAGGAAAAGUCCAGAACAGGGAAAUCCACCGAGAUAGAAAAUAUUGUAGAUUAGUGAUUGCUGGGGUCUGGGGGAGGGGGAAGUGGAGAAUGAGUGCUAAUGGAUAUGGGAUUUCUUUGGGGGUAUGAUGAGAAUGUUCUGGAAUUAGUUAGUGGCAAUGGUUAUACAACUCUGUGACUGUAUGAAAGAUGACUGAAGUGUAUACUUCAAAGGGGUGAAUUUUAUGGUGUGUGAAUUUUAUCUCAAAAACUGGAUCAGGCGGUACACUUAUGAUUUGUUCCCUUCGAUCUAUGAAUGUUAUACCUUAAUAAUAAUUUUUUUUAAUUUAAAAGUGAAGAUGCCACUUCUCUGUUGCUGUGGCUCCUGAUUUUUAAAAAAAGUCACAGCAAAAAUGCCACCUCCUCUAUGACGGCUCCCUCACCCCUGCUCUGAGCUCCUUUAGCAUUUAGUGCUGAUAUCCCACUUACUGCUUAUUGCUUGUAGAGCCUGGCCGCUCAGAGUGCGACCGUGGACAAGCAUCCCUGUAUCCCUCGGAGGCUUUUUAGAUGUGCAACAUUUCAUGCCCCGCGGACCUGCUAAAUCAGACUGCCUUUCAACAAGAUCGCCAGGUAAUUCGCACGCACAUUAAGAUUUGAGAAACACUGCUCUAGAACAGGGGUUCCCAACACCCCGCCCUGGCCGUGGAAAAAUUGUCUUCCAUGAAACAGGUCCCUGGUGCCAAAAAGGUUGGGGACCGCUGGUCUAGAAGGUUUCCCCCACCUGCCUCCCCCUCUACCUGCUGCCUACACCUUACGACUGUCUUUGUCUCUCCCCACCUAGUGAGCAUCAGCAUUUGUGGAUUCAGUGCUGGUGGCCUCAGAACUAAAGCCAAUACCUACUCUAACUCUAAGACCAGGAUAGAGAAACUGAAAUCUGGGAACACUUUGGUCAGAUAAAAGAAUAUGUCAACUUUGCAUGUCCAAAGUGAGGUCUCCAAAUACCAUUUCCCACCGAAAGGCAUCAGAGCUUUGGGAGAAAUGGCUGAUUCUAGGUCUAAGCAGAAAAUGUACAAGUCUUCUCAAGUAAUGUUUAAAAGAUUCAGGAGCCAACUGGAAGAGACUCCCGCUGAUCAAAAUGGGGCCACUUGGGCUUCCCUGGUG